CGGUAACGCCGCCCAGCCGACCAAUAAACCUGACUGAAAUCACAGUAUAGCUUUAAUUUGACACUCGGGAUUUAACGAAGACUCUCUCCUCUCCCGUUCCCGUGUUUGUUGCGGUUUUCUCGCCAGGUCUUGUUUGGGGUGGGGGGGAAAAAAACUGGAUCUGCACAGUGACUAAGGAAGGUCCACAUCCAUUCUCCAUCCUGUGCUCUGUGCAUGAGAACUGGACUGACCAGUAGAAACAGACCAAAGAUGGAGCAGGUGUCAGAUGAGGAGUUGGAUCAUGGGGCAGAGGAGGACAGCGAUAAGGAGGACCAGGACCUGGACAAGAUGUUUGGCGCCUGGCUAGGAGAGCUGGAUAAACUCACACAGAGCCUCGAUGAUGGUCGACCUCAGCAACCGCCCCAGCAGAAAGCCCCUCUCAGACAGGAAACCAACAUGGCCAAUUUUUCCUACAGAUUCUCGAUCUACAACAUCAACGAGGCGCUGAACCAGGGGGAGAACGUAGACCUGGAUGCUCUGAUGGCUGAUCUGUGUUCGAUUGAACAAGAACUCAGCACCAUCAACACUAAGCCCAGCAAUGCAGGCAUGGCCCGGCUGGGACUGACCGACACCAAGGUCCGUCAGAAGCCACCAGCCGGCCGUAGUACCCGACAGCAGGCAGCAGGGGGCAGUAGUUGUGGUGGGGGCAGCAGUGGGGCCAGCAGCAGUAGCAGCAGCACUCGGGCAUCACCAGCCGGCACAGUCAGAGCAAGCACUGGGCAUCAUGGGAGACCACCCCUGGCAUCCAACUUCAGCCUGGAUGACAUCACCGCUCAACUGGAGAAGGCUUCUCUCAGUAUGGAUGAGGCAGCCCGCCAGAGCUCCUCCCACUCCCUUAGCUCCGCCUCCUCUUCAUCCUAUUCGUCGGCCACCAUGCGACACCCCGCCUCCUCCCACCGCCAGCAUCGGCGUACCGGAUCAGUGGGCACCGUCAGCGAACACGAGGUGCGCUCAAUUGUCCACUCCUCACGCUCCUCUGUCACAUCGGCCUCUGGGGUCUCUGUUAACUCGGCCUCAUCCAUGGACUCGUUGGACAGUGUGUUGCGCUCCGCGGAGUCCGACAGCCUGCAGUCUGCGGCCACACCCCCGCCAGACGGUGCCAGUCAAGGACAGGCUAGCACAGAGGAAGAGCAGGCUGCCAAGGUGAAAGCCGAGAAGAUCCGAGUGGCCUUGGAGAAGAUCAAAGAAGCCCAGGUGAAAAAGUUGGUGAUCCGUGUCCAUCUGUCAGAUGAGAGCUCAAAAACCAUGAUGGUUGAUGAGAGACAGACUGUCAGACAGGUCCUCGACAGUCUCCUGGACAAAUCUCACUGUGGGUACAGUCCGGACUGGUCCUUGGUCGAAACCAUCAGUGAGCUGCAGAUGGAGCGGAUCUUUGAGGACCAUGAGAACUUGGUGGAGAACCUUCUGAACUGGACCAGGGACAGUCAGAACCGUCUUAUGUUCAUAGAACGCAUUGAGAAGUACGCCUUGUUCAAGAACCCACAGAACUAUUUGCUGGGGCGGAAGGAGACAUGUGAGAUGGCAGACAGGAAUAAAGAGGCUCUGUUGGAGGAGUGUUUCUGUGGUAGCUCUGUGUCUGUCCCAGAGAUGGAGGGAGUCUUAUGGUUGAAGGAGGAUGGGAAGAAGUCCUGGAAGAAGCGCUACUUCUUGCUCCGUGCCUCAGGGAUUUAUUAUGUCCCCAAGGGCAAAGCCAAGGCGUCCAGGGACUUGGUGUGUUUUCUUCAGUUGGAUCACGUUAAUGUUUACUACGGUCAGGACUACAAGAGCAAGUACAAGGCCCCCACUGAUUAUUGUAUGGUGCUCAAGCACCCUCAGAUCCAGAAGAAGUCCCAGUAUAUCAAGUAUCUCUGCUGUGAUGAUGUCAGAACCCUCCACCAAUGGAUCAACAGUAUUCGCAUCGCCAAGUAUGGGAAACAGCUGUACAUCAACUUCCAGGAGGCAAUGAGGAGAACUGAGGCAGCAUACGACUGGUCCUCCCUCUCUUCCUCCUCCAUCAAGUCAGGAUCCAGCUCCUCCAGCUUGCCAGAGUCUCAAUCCAACCAUUCAAGCCAAUCAGACAGCGGUGUGUCAGAGAUGACAUCAUCGGGACAUACCCGCUCUCAGAGUGUUGUUAGCUCCAUUUUCUCUGAGGCCUGGAGAAGAGGAACCCAGGGAGAGAUGAUGAAGAUAGAUCCUAUCAGUAGACCCAUUCCUGUCCAGAUUCCAACCAUGCCCUCCCACCCUCUGCCCCUAUCCCAGUCUCAGACCCCUCCCUCCCGUACCAGUUACACAGACAGCCUGUCCCCCUCCGAAGAGUCCUCCCCAUCGCCCCCUUCCCCUCCACCGCCGCCCCCUCCUCCCACAGCCCCUGACACCUCCCAUCAGCCGCCACCUCCUGCCAUGUAUGUCAAGUACAGCACCUUGGCCCGACUACAGAACCAGCCACAGGGCCCAGCGCAACCCAGAGCGCUGUCCUCGGGACCCCUGCAUCCGGUCCCACCCUCGCAAUCAGCCAAGCCUAACUACAACACCCUCCCUGCUGCCUACAGCACCUCCUCUCCUCCCCCACCCUCUCCUCCUCCCCCACCUCCUCCAUCAAUGCCGGCUCCUGGCUCAGCUAUGGCUGUGUUGAAGCUCGGACCGCCCAGCCCAUCAAACCUUCCCCCACCUCCCCCAUUGGGUGUGGAGGAGGCACAGCAGUCCUUGUACCUUCCACCUCCUCCCCCGGAGAGCCCAGAGACCAACGGCCUGCCCCCACCUCCCCUUCUUGAGUCCAUCCCUACCUCCUAUCAACCUCUCUCCAAUAAGGGCCUCCAACAUUUCCUAGCCCAGAAAUUCCCCAACAUGGUAUACGACUUCACUCCAGUUGGACCUUUGGAUGACAUGGCCCCGCCUCCUCCCCCACCUCCUGCUGCCCUUGAGCUUUCUCCUCCAUCUUCACUGCAGCCUUUCCAGGCUGUCUCUCCCCAUGCACCUCCCCCCGCACCUCCCAAAACAUUUACCAUUGGUUUCCCGCCUCAGACUGCGCGGAAGCCAUCAGGUCCCUCCUCCCUCCCGCUUGCCCUCUCCCCUGUUUCCCCGACCCCAUCCCAAAGUGCUCAAGAGCCAAUGAGGAAGCAGCAGAGCUUCUCAGCUGGACACUCCCCCAAUCAGCCCCCUCCUACGCUUCCGAAGCAGCACAGUCUCUCCUCCAGGAACCUCCCACUCUCUCCUCCCUCCUCCUCCUCCUCAUCCUCUUCAAUCGCUGCCGCCACCUCCUCUUUGGUGAAACAAAUUGUCAACCAGUUCCCUGGAAACGUAUCCCCUUCCUCUCUCCCUCCGUCUAGCUCCAUAGAAGGUUCAAAAUUCCCUGCCCCCCAGUCUCCUCCAGCAGUCAAGGCCAAACCAAAAUGGCAGCCAGGGGGGGCUGUGGCUCCACAGUCCCCAGAAUUCCCCCCACCUCCUCCUGAGAGUUCCUUAUCAGACUUUCCUCCUCCUCCCUCCUGUUCCUCUAAGACAGGUUCCCCCAUCAAGAAAUCCCCCUCCACCUCUUCCACCGGAUCUACCGGCUCCACUAAACGAGGUCCUCCUCCAACCCCUCAGAGGGCCUCCUCCAUCCGGUCUAACUCAUCAGGCGAGAUCCAGGAUGAGAGGCCUAAGAAGGUUGAGAGCUUGGUGAGCAAAUUUGGCCAGCCUCCAUCAACUGGCACCACUUCCCCAGCCUCCUCUUCGGGUUCUCCUUCAAAAGACUCUGCACCUCCUGCUGCACCUCCUAAACCGGGGAAGCUGAACCUGGCUAAUCUCCCAUUGGCACUCCAGGGAUUACAGACCGGCCAGCACCGCCAGCCCGCUGACUUUCCCUCCCCUCCACCACCGCCUCCUCCCUGCCAACCUCCUCACAUUGACUCCUCUCCUGACUACUUCCCGCCUCCCCCGAGUGACUCGGAGCUCUUCCCCCCUCCCCCACAUCCUUCCGAGUUCCACCAACCCCCCAGGGUUGCUGUGGUGAACCCCCAGCCUCAGAUGCCACAGCCUCCACAACUGCCGGUAGCCUCAUCAUCGUGGAAACAAGGCUCAUUGAAGAAGGGGGCAGUGCCUCCACCAACGUUGAACAGGCGUAGCAGCAACACAUUGCAGCACGAGGGUAUGAUGCCCCUCUCUCCACCUCCUCUCUCCCAGACCCCUCCUCCCUCCCUUUCCUCCUAUUCCUCCUCAUCCUCUCCCAUCCCGCCCACAUCCCCAAAAUCUGCAGCAUCUGCUCCCCUGACCCUACAGCCGCACUUCCUGGAGGACCUGAACCGCACCUUGAAGAGGAAAUCUGUGUCCCGCCAUGGUUCACUUACCUCCUCCCGCCUCAUCUCUUCCUCUUCUUCCUCCAAGACAGAGCCCAUGGCCACCAUGGACGACAUGGCUCUCCUCCCACCACCUCCCCCUGAGCUUCUGCAGCAGCAGCAGGGUGGCCGGGCACACUCCCACACUCUCUCUCGCCACCACACGCACUCCCACUCUGCCAAACACGGCAACAUCUCCGGCUAUGCAACGCUGCGGCGUGGGCCACCCCCCGCCCCUCCCAAACGGGACCAAAGCACCAAACUGACCGGGGAAUGGUAGGGACCAAGGGUGGGGGGGGGGGAGCUAGACUUGAACUGACCAAUUUGGUCUCAUCGUCCCCACAAAGAAAAAAUAAUCACAUUGUCCGUCUGCCUGUCUGUCUCUCCUCUCAUGCUAAUCCAACCCACCUUGGACUGGAGCAAGUAGCAAGACCUUGACCCUCUUAAUCUCAGAUUAUCAUUGUUCCUAUUAUGAUCACUAUUAUUAUCAUUAUUACCAAAACAUGUUUAAUCCAAUGAAAUGACUAAAAAAUCUCUAUAUAUGUGUAUACUAGCAAGCCAGGAAAAUGGCCCUAUCAAGCUUUUUCCACACUGUCUGUUCAGCUUUGCAUCAGAAAUAUUAAUGACAAGACAUGAAUGGCAGCAGCAACAGAUGAUUCACUGCAAUGUAACUGGUACUGCAUGGAGAAAAGGAAAAAAAUGCAGUGUUACUGUAGCAGCAGUUUUAUGUGAGGGGAUGGAAGGAAGGAGAG